AUGCCUGUAUACUUUGAGCAGGACUGUCACACCCGCAGAGACAUUGUCACGGUGACUGCCACCGCGACAAUUAUCAGUUCAAUCCCAACGCCCGAGAAGCCAUCGCCUCCUGAACCCCGAGCCCGCUACCCGUUCCAACCAUACCACCCACUUCUCCCUCGAGCCCUAAUCAACUCCUCCGCCUCCAUCACCACGUCGAUCGCAUCUACAAAGUCCGCUACCAUACUCUCCAGUACCACUUCUGCCACAACCAACCCACCGUCGUCUAAGACCGCCAGCCCACCCUCAUCCAUCACCACAACCAGUACCUUAUCGACCCUCUCCUCCAUCUCCCGAACGCUAACCACCCUUCCAUCAACCUCCAAAACCUGUCCCGUGACAACGAUCAUCGUCACUGCCGCUCCCGUAACCACCACCUCUACAUCCACAUUCACUAUUACCAGCACAAUCCCCUUCGAUAACUCCACCACCCCUUGCUCCGGCCAAAUAUGUGGCGCCUACACUCCGUUCCCCUGUGGCGGAAGUCCCCUAGGCUCCUGCCUCUGCGGAAUCGACUCCAAUGGAAAGUCGUUUUGUUUCCUGAAUGAUUACUGCAGCGCAGAAAAGGACUGCACUAAAAACAGGGAGUGCGACUCUGGGCACAAGUGUGUGAUUGGAAGCUGUUGCACAGGUGGGAAGUGUGUCAAGGAGAUGAGGAAUAAGUGUAUCAACCCGCAGGCACCAGAGAUUAUCUUUGGAUUGAGGGCCGAGAUGAGGAAGGCGAAGUGUAGUAAUGCUACUCCGGGAGGGUGUAAGUGA